ACCGCACAGGGGCAUUCAGCGCCGCACCUUGCCUUACUGUCCAUGGCGUUCAAAGAGGUGGUGGAGUCGCUGUACGAGGCGCUGUCGAGGGACGACGCGGCGGCGGCCGCCGCACUGAUGGCGGAGGACGUGGAGUGGUGGUUCCACGGGCCGAGGCGGUGCCAGUACAUGAGGCGGCUGCUGACGGGGGAGGCGGGGCACCGCGACUUCCGGUUUCGGCCGCGGAGGGUGGCGGAGGUGGGCGGGUGGGUGGUGGCUGAGGGGUGGGAGGGCAAGCACGCGUACUGGGUCCACGCGUGGGUGGUGGAGGGGGGCGUCAUCACCCGUUUCAGGGAGUACUUCAACACCGCCGUCACGGUGCAGGAGCUCCGCCCGGCGGAGGCUGGGAUGGACUCCGUGGCGAGGGGCGGCGGCUCCGCCGUGUGGCAGAGCGAGGCCCGGGCUCACCUCGGCCGCUCCCUCCCCGGCCUUGUUCUCGCCAUCUAGCGAUAGAUACUGUAGUACUCGUGCUCGCAGUUAUUUUGGUGUCACAUGUAGUUGUUGUAUAGAGUAGGAAGCUAACGAAGGUUGUGCGUAUUAUUCCUACUGCCAUGUCCCAUCUUUUUUAUGCAGAUCUGAGCUGAGUUUCUCAUAA